AUAUCUGGUCAUAUCUGUGAAAUGACAGGUAAAAAAUUUUUCAUGACUGAUUUAUAGUCACUAGCGGCAGAAUGACUUUUUGAAACAUCAAAUUAUUGUAUUAAGCUUAAUUGAAUUAUUUAUUUUUCGAUAUUAAAUAUUCAACAAUAAAAAAAUCAAUGUGCAUUAUUUCUCUUCAAGUCAACUUUUACACAUAUAAAUUUUAGUAAAAUUAUAUUAUUUAAAAUAAUAAAAAUACCUGAAUAAUACUGUAUAAUAGUAAAAUUAAAAAAUGGAAAAUAUAACAACAAAUUAUUGUCCACCAAAUGUUACUUUUGGACAAAUAUGGGUGGCCAAUGGAAUAUCAAAAUGUUUUACAGAUACAGUCACAAUUUCAGUAUUGACAAUUUAUUUAUUUAUUUUUGGAACAGCACAGUUAUGGGUUUAUAAAAAAUAUGGUACUUCAGUUGAUCAUAAUUCAAUAGCUAAAAGUAAAUUAUACAAUCUUCAAAAAAUAUUACUUUACCUUGUACCUUUGCUUAGUUUAAUAAGAAUAAUACUUCAAGCAACAAUUCUUAAUGAAAAAAAAAUAUUUGGCUAUAUGAUUUUAAAUACGUUAUUGACACUGAUUGUUUAUCCAUAUUCUGUUCACAUUUUAAGAAUUGAAAGACAUAAACGAUUGCCAAGUGUUCCACCACAUGGUCAUGGUCUUGUUUUACUGGGUUUUUGGACACUAGCUUUUAUCGGUGAAAAUUUUCCUUUUAUGAACAUUGGAAAAUCAGAAUGGUGGUUUUAUUUAAACACGCCUAGCGAUCAAAUAGAGAUGGCUCUGUUUGUUUUAAGAUAUCUCAGUAAUCUCAUGAUAUUUGCAUUGGGCUUGCGAGCACCUGGUAUCAUUGAUAAUUCAGAACAAAAUUACAGUUCACUUAAUGAAGACAUGCAUCCAGGAUUAAGUUUUUAUCGAAAUCGUCCUGAUGAUAACUCAUCAACAUGGAAAAAUGCAUGGUACAAAAUAAAAAUAUUAGCACCAUUUCUUUGGCCAAAAAAAUCAAUACUUCUUCAAUUGAGAGUUAUAUGUUGUUUUGGUCUACUUGCUGCUGGACGAGCUAUAAAUCUUUAUGUUCCAAUUUAUAAUAAAAAAAUUGUUGACAGUGUAACAGAUACUCCAAUUGAAUUUAGAUGGGAUUUGGUAUUAAUUUAUGUGGCAUUUAAAUUUCUUCAAGGUGGUGGAACUGGUGGUAUGGGUGUAUUAAAUAAUUUAAGAUCAUUUUUAUGGAUACGAAUACAACAAUAUACAACUUGUGAAGUUGAAGUUGAAUUAUUUCGUCAUCUUCAUAGUUUAAGUUUACGAUGGCAUCUAGGAAGAAAAACUGGUGAAGUAUUACGAAUAAUGGAUAGAGGAACUGACUCAAUUAAUAAUCUUCUAAAUUAUAUACUAUUUUCAAUAAUACCAACAAUUGUUGAUAUUAUUAUUGCAAUUAUAUUUUUUGUAAGUGCAUUUAACAAAUGGUUUGGUUUAAUUGUAUUUUCAACAAUGGCAUUGUAUAUUAUUGUAACUAUACUUGUUACUGAAUGGAGAACAAAAUUUCAAAGACGUAUGAAUCUUGCUGAUAAUGCAAGAAAUGCCAAAAGUGUUGAUAGUUUAUUAAAUUUUGAAACUGUCAAAUAUUAUGGAGCUGAAAAAUAUGAAGUUGAUGGUUACAGAGAUGCUAUUAAUACUUUUCAAAUUGAAGAAUGGAAAUGUUUAAUUACACUUAAUAUAUUAAAUACAAUGCAAAAUGUUAUUAUUUCUGGUGGACUUUUGGCUGGUUCAUUGCUUUGUCUUCAUACAAUUGUCAUUGAAAAAACUCUUACAAUCGGAGACUAUGUUUUAUUUGCCAGUUACAUAAUUCAAUUGUAUGUACCACUCAAUUGGUUUGGUACAUAUUACAGAGCUAUACAAAAAAAUUUUGUCGAUAUGGAAAAUAUGUUUGAAUUGUUGAGAGAAAAUCAAGAAAUAAUUGAUGCACCAGGAGCUAGUAUAUUGAAUGUCAAACGAGGACAAGUUGAAUUUAAUAAUGUAUCAUUUGGCUAUACUCAGGAUAAAAUAAUAUUAAAAAAUAUAAGUUUUGUUGCACCAGCUGGUAAAACAAUAGCUUUUGUUGGUCAAUCUGGUGCUGGAAAAUCAACAAUAAUGAGAUUAUUAUUUAGAUUUUAUGAUGUUGAACAAGGUUCAAUUUUAAUUGAUGAUCAAAAUGUUAAAACAGUUAAACAAGAAACAUUAAGAAGUGCCAUAGGAGUUGUACCACAAGAUACAGUUUUAUUUAAUAAUACAAUUAAAUAUAAUAUUCAAUAUGGUAGAAUUGAUGCACCAGAAGCUGAUGUUAUUGCAGCAGCAAAAGCAGCUGAUAUACAUGAUAGAAUAUUAACAUUUCCUGAAAGUUAUGAGACACAAGUUGGUGAACGUGGUUUACGUUUAAGUGGUGGUGAAAAACAACGUGUUGCUAUUGCUAGAACAAUGUUAAAAGCACCAAAAAUUGUACUACUUGAUGAGGCUACAAGUGCACUUGAUACACAAACUGAAAGAAAUAUACAAUCAGCAUUAAAUCGUAUUUGUAAUAAUCGUACGACAAUUAUUAUUGCACAUAGAUUAUCAACAAUUAUUCAUGCUGAUGAAAUACUUGUAUUAAAAGAAGGAGAAAUUGUUGAACGAGGAAAACAUGAAGAGCUCAUUUCAAUUGAAGGUGUUUAUCAUUCUAUGUGGCAAGCACAAUUGCAAAAAGAUCCUGAACUCAGUGAAGAUGAUUCCAGUGAUAAAAAUAAUGUUAAUGUAGUUGUAAAAAGUGGAAAGUCAUACGGCCAUCCUUAGUAGAAAAAUUAUAUCUUUUUUUUUUUUUUUUUUUUACUAGAACAUUUAAAAUUUAAAAAAAAAAAAAAAAAAAAAGACUGACAAUAAUAAAUUUUUAAAUGAAGUUAGGUGAUGGUGAGAAAAUUUAUUAAAUUAACAAUUUUAAUUAAUUCAAACAUUGUAUAUAAAUUUGUUGAUUAAUUUAUCUUUCAAAUAAAAGGAAAAAUUUUUAUAAAA